AUGGUUCUCUCCUGCUCACUGAGACUGAUACGCCUUCACGCUCGCUGGCCGCUGAGUCUGAAACAGGCAUCUUUGAGCACUGCACCAGACGAUCACUGCAGACAGGUGGCUGGGAGGAAUGGAACCAGGAAAAGGUGGAUGAAGGAGAAAAAGCCUAGACAGGGCUGCAGCUUGCCAGGCCUGGUGUCCUCCUGGGAAGAAAGGCUAACCAAUGUGGCAACUCCAUUGUGGAGAUUCCCCUAUGAAGAGCAGCUGAAGGUGAAGUCUGAGAGUCAGAAGAACGUGUUGCAGACACUGGCCUCUCGUCUGAGGGAGCUUGGUACAGACAAACUGGAAAUCACACAAAGACCAGAUGGGCUUUGCUGUCCCCUCCGUUCUGUUGUCCCCUCUCCCGUCGUUAACGGCUACCGAAACAAAUCCACAUUCUCUGUGAACCGAGGACCUGAUGGGAACUCGAAAACUGUGGGGCUCUAUGUGGGAACUGGCAGAGGAAUUUCUUCACUGGAUCACUGCCUCCUGUUUCACCAGGGUGGCCACUGGCGUGAGCUCACAGUACGCACCAAUAGCAGUGGACACACCAUGGCCAUCAUCACUUUCCACCCCCAGGACCUCAGUCAGGAGGAACUGUGUACUCAGAAAGCAUUGCUUAAGGAGUUUUUCACUUGUGGGCCUGGAGCAAUCUGCAACCUGACCUCACUUUAUUUCCAAGAAAGCAUCAUGACUGGAAGUUCCCACCAGCAAUCCCUCUAUCAGCUCCUCUAUGGAGAACGAUACAUCUUUGAGGAGGUCCUGGGCUUGAAGUUCCGCAUCUCUCCAGAUGCCUUUUUCCAAAUCAACACAGCUGGGGCAGAAGUUCUGUACCAGAUAGUUGGGAAGUUAAGCUGGGCUGAUUAGAACACUGUCCUUCUUGAUGUCUGCUGUGGAACUGGUGCCAUUAGUCUCUCUCUGGCUUGCCAAGCACCUAAGGUUGUUGGUGUCGAGGUGAUGGAGCAAGCUGUAGAGGAUGCCAAAUGGAAUGCAACAUUCAAUGGGAUCUCAAACUGUGAUUUUCAUAGUGGAAAGACGGAGACAGUUUUGCUGUAGUUCCUCAUGUCGCGAGAGGAUGACUGGCUCCUUGUUGCUGUGGUGAACCCAUCCCGGGCUGGACUCUAUUAUCGUGUAGUGCAGGCCAUUCAAAACUGCGAGGCCAUCCGUACGUUGAUCUAUGUUUCCUGCAAGCCUGAAGGAGAAGCCAUGAAGUGAGAGUUUUGCUGCCCACCAGACUCUGGGAAGAAGCUUGUGGGAGAGCCUUCUGCCCCUCUGUUGGCUGUCCCAGUUGACAUGUUUCCCCACACCGUGCACUGUGAGCUGGUGAUCCUCUUCACCCGCUGAAGGGCCGUCCUGGUUAUAUGUUUUCCUACAAAACAGGUCUUCAUACCUUUUAAAAGUUGAGGGUGAGAAAGAACUA